UGUCUCAAUCGCAAUGUAGUUUCAAACACAAUCUUUCAAAGUUUGACUGGGGAAUUGAGGUGAGGAUGCAAACAGUGCCGCUGCCGUUUGGAAAAAGGAAGAGAAAAAAAAUACGUUUUAAAAAUAUAUCAACCUGGGAUUUGUUCCGAGACAGGUGGUCUUCGUUCAAGAUUAACAUUGAAUAAUAAUGGUGGAGAUAAUUGAGUAAAAUCUAUCAAUUUCAACGAUUAAAAGGAUAAUGUAUUCAAUCAAUUUAGAUUUUUGUCGCUUGGAUUAGUUCUGCAGCCUUCUCAGUCAUGCAGUUAGAAUUCCGAACAUUGAUGUUUGGAAUUGUAACACUGCUGGUUAUAUUUCUGAUAAUUGCUUAUAUUGCUGAAGUCCAGGAAGAAAUUGGAAAUGUAGCAGUGAAAGGCAAUCCCACACCUUUAGGAAAUGAAGGGGAGGAAAAGAGUCCUGCUUCUCCUUCAGGCUUGAAGAAUGCCACCAGGCUCCCUUCAGAUAACUGGACCUUCAACAGAACCCUCUCCAGCCUCAUCAGGAAGAACAUCCUGGGGUUCUUUGACCCAGAGAGGGACAUCUCUAUUCUGAAGGGCACAUUGAAACCUGGAGAUGUCAUCCACUACGUCUUUGACCGUCAGAGCACUACCAACAUCUCAGAGAACCUGUACCGGUUGCUACCCACCGCAUCCCCCAUGAAGAACCAGCACCACAGAAGCUGUGCCAUCGUAGGGAACUCUGGGAUCCUACUCAAUAGCAGCUGUGGGCCAGAGAUAGACUCCCAUGACUUUGUAAUCAGAUGUAACCUGGCGCCAGUGGAAGAGUAUGCUGGGGAUGUGGGGCGGCGCACCAACCUGGUGACCAUGAACCCAUCGGUGGUGCAGCGGGCCUUCCAUGACCUGGCCAGUGAGCAGUGGAGGGAGCGCUUCCUGCAGCGGCUCCGGGGCCUCAGCGGUAGCGUGCUGUGGAUCCCAGCCUUCAUGGCCAAGGGAGGAGAGGAGAGGGUGGAGUGGGCAAUCCGUCUCAUCCUGCUGCACACGGUGGAUGUGCACACCGCCUUCCCCUCACUGCGCCUUCUCCAUGCUGUCAGAGGGUAUUGGCUGACUAACAAUGUCCAGAUCAAGAGACCCACUACUGGUCUGCUGAUGUACACCAUGGCCACUCGCUUCUGUGAGGAGAUCCAUCUGUAUGGCUUCUGGCCUUUCCCUCGGGAUUCACAGGGGAAACCAGUCAAGUACCAUUACUAUGACACUUUGACCUACGAGUACACAUCCCAUGCCAGUCCACACACUAUGCCAUUGGAGUUCAGGACACUGAGUUCACUCCACAGACAGGGGGCGCUGCGACUCAACACUGGCUCUUGUGAAGCAGGAAUGUAAUCUAAAAAAGCAGCAUGGAAUGUACACUGAGUAUACCAAACAUUUCGAUCACCUUCCUAAUAUUGAGUCGCCCCCCCCACACACACACUUCUGCCCUCAGAACUGCCUAAAUUCGUCCGGACAUGGACUCUACAAGGUGUCAAAAGCAUUCCACAGGGAUACUGGCCCAUGUUGACUCCAAUGUUUCCUACAAAGUUGGCUGGAUGUCCUUUGGGUGGUGGACCAUUCUUGAUACACAAGGGAAACUGUUGAGUGUGAAAAACCCAGCAGGGUUGCAGCACUAGUUCUUGACAUAAACCGGUGCACCUGGCACCUACUACCAUACCCUGUUCAAAGGCACUCUCUGACUGGCACACAUACACAAUCCGUGGCUCAAUUGUCUCAAGGCUUAUAAAUCCUUCUUUAACCCGUGUCCUCCCCUUCAUCUAUACUUAUUGAAGUGGAUUUACCAAGUGACAUCAAUAAGGGAUCAUAGCUUUCACCUGGUCAGUCUAUGUCAUGAAAAGAGCAGGUGUUCUUAAUGUUUUGUACACUCAGUGUAGAUCGGCAUCAAAAUGACCGAUACACUUUUGGGAAAAGACCUCUUUCUGAGUUGAUGUCUAUCAGACACAGACAUCUCAAAGGAAAUAGUUUCAUUGUAUGAAACUGUUACAGGACACUUUAAUGAAGCUAUGAAUUGAUUUCCAUGACAGUAUGUAGGAUCAUGCAUGUCUAAUUUGGGCUCAUAUUGUUGCCCUACAAGAGACAUGAGCAGUGAAUAAUUUUGAAAACAUGUUUACAGUAACCUGUGAAAAUUAUCUAAAACAUAAACAUGUUGCUUUGUUCAUUGUUAAAUCAAACUAAUUGGUGUUGGUAGGCAAAUUGCUUCUUUGUCAAUGAGAAGACUGAAUGUUAUUGCAUUUACAUGGCAAGUGUGUCAUCUAAAAUGAAUGUAAUUACAACGUUUAUAAAUACUUCCUCCAAGGGCAAUGUGAAUGUGAAUUGAACUAUAUCAAUAAUCAAUUUUGGUCAUUAUUCCUUUGAAUUAUACAAUAAAUCUACUUCAUCAGUA